GCGAAGGAGAAGUGGGAGCGAGGAGCCGAGGGGCGCUGGCGGAGCGCGGCUGGGGCGCGAGCUCCCGCUUCUACCCCAGGGGGCCCGGGGCCUGGUGCGCUAAGCCCGGGUCGCUGCGCUGCGGACCCCGCUCUCGCCCGCCAUGUGCCGACCCCACGCGCCCUGGUGUUGGGCGCUGGCGCUGCUGGCCCUGGGUGGCACCGGGCUGUGCUACGCCGGCCCGCAGCCCGGGCACCCUGCGCGGCCCAGCGCCAGGAACAAGAACUGGUGCGCCUACAUCGUCAACAAGAACGUGAGCUGCUCCGUGCUGGAGGGCAGCGAGAGUUUCGUCCAGGCACAGUACAACUGUGGCUGGAACCAGAUGCCCUGUCCGUCUGCGCUCGUGUAUCGGGUAAACUUCAGACCCAGGUACGUCACCAGGUACAAGACAGUGACCCAUUUGGAAUGGAGAUGCUGCCCUGGAUUUAAAGGCACAGACUGUCAAGAGGGUCCAAAGGACCCCGCUGCGAGGACCCUCCGCCCCACACCCGCACGGCCUCGCCACAGUGUGAAGAAAGCUACAGAUACUGAACCAAGUCAAGUUUCUCAGCCUAAGCAGACCUUGUCACCAACUCGUGCAGCAGAACCAAGCCAAGCAGGGGAUCCAAAACCGGGGCCUCAGGAGCUCCAGGAGAAGAAAAUUCAAGUGCUUGAGGAGAAAGUUCUCCGCCUCACCCGGAUGGUUGUGGACCUCCAAUCUUCCAUGGCCGGAGUGAAUAAGAACCUCAGACACAUCACUCAGGAGGAUGCCAGCAAAAUCUUGGCUCCAGGGCCCAGCUACCCGCACCCUCAGCCGGCCCCGGACAGGGACAUUGCUGGAGACACAGAUGCCGCCCAGCCUCCCAAGGAAUCUGGUAUGAAGGACAUCAAGUCUGAAUUGGCUGAAGUCAAAGAUACGCUGAAGACCAAGAGCGACAAGCUGGAAGAGCUGGAUGGGAAAGUGAAGGGUUACGAAGGGCAGCUCAAGCAACUGCAGGAGGCGGCCCAGGGCCCUACGGUGACCAUGACAACCAAUGAGCUCUACCAAGCCUACGUGGACAGUAAGCUGGACGCCCUGAGGGAGGAGCUCAUGGAAGGGCUGGACAGGAAGCUGGCUGACCUGAAGAACACAUGUGAGUACAAGCUGGUGGGCCUCCAGCAGCAGUGUGAUGACUAUGGCAGCAGCUACCAGGGGGUGAUCGAGCUGAUUGGGGAGAAGGAGACCAGCCUAAGAAAAGACAUCAAUGACCUCCGAGCCCGGCUGCAGGAUCCUUCAGCCCGGCCAGAUUGCUGUAGCGGUGGAGGUGGUGGAGUGGAUGGUGACUUUGGUCACCAGAUCAAGACAUUAGACCAGAAAAUUGAGAGAGUGGCUGAAGCCACCAGAAUGUUGAAUGGACGGCUGGAUAAUGAGUUUGACCGCUUGGCGGUUCCAGAAGCAGAUGUGGACUUCGAUGCCAGAUGGCAGGAACUGGAUGCCAGAAUCAAUGUGACAGAGAAGAAUGCAGAAGAACACUGCUUUUACAUCGAGGAGACCCUUCGGGGGGCCAUCCAUGGCGAGGUGGAGGACUUGAAGCAGCUUCUGGAUCAGAAGAUCCACUCCCUGGAAGAUCGUCUGGGGAGCCUUCUCCAGAUGGCCAAUGGCUCUGAGGUGGAGUUCACAGCCCCAGGGCCAGCCCCAGCCAGGGGGUCUGGAACGGGGAGUGAGCAGUUUCUGAUGGAGCUAAACCACCUAAAGGUCAAAGUUCAAGUGGUGGAGGACUUUUGCCUUCAGAACUCUCAGGGAGGCCCUCACGAGACGGAGGGCGCUUUGCCACACGGAGACGACCACCCGGAUGACAUCCUGAACCUUUUGGUGUCCCUAAAUGCCACCAUGCAGAGAAAAUUCCAAGAAACCGAACAGAGCAUCCGGAAGCUCCAAGAGGAUUUUACUGUCCUCUAUUUUCAACUAAAUCGCACAGAAAACGGGGUGACUCAGCUUGAGAGUGAAAUGAACAAUAGUCAAGCAGGUAAAAAUGCCGAAUUGGGUGGGUUUUCCAAAGUCGGUGAGCUGGACCAGAUGGCGGGCACCCUCCCAUCUCCCCAGGACCCCAUGGCUCAGUGCUGCGGCCAGCUGGAGGACAGGUGGCAGCGGUGGCAGGACCAGGUGUUGGCUGAGCUGGACACUUGUAAGGAAAAUACGCACGGGGUCCAGAGAGAGGUGACUGCGGUGGAGGAUAGGGUGUCUCAAAUGGAGAAGACGUGCAGCCGGCUGGACUCCAUCUCUGGAAGUCUGCAGAAGAUCAAGGAAGGCCUCAACAAACACGUCAGCAGCCUGUGGACCUGUGUCAGGCAGAUGAACGGGACACUCAGGUCCCAUUCCAGAGACAUUUCCGGCCUGAAGAAUUCUGUCCAGCAGUUCUAUAGUCAUGUUUUCCAGAUUUCUACUGACCUGCAAGAUCUGGUCAAAUUCCAACCAUCAGCAACAGAGGAGCCGACGGAAGCGCCCCAGCCCCGGGCAGAGACGGCCCCACAGGUGCCAACAGGACCCUCCACGGAGGAGGCCCCCACAGAACCACCCCAGCCCAGGCCACCGUCCCCAGAGAAGCCUGCACUUCCCCCACACAUCGGCCAGCAGCCCGUGCUGCCCCAGAGACCCCUGCAGCCGCUGCCCCCUCCUUCCCGACGUGGCUGGCCAGGCCUGCCCCUCCUGCCUGGCUCCACAGGGGUCAUCAUGGAGACUGGAGAGGCAGGACCUCCAGGGAGGAUGGGUGUGUCAGGCAGGGGCCUGCCCCAUGGGGUGGAUGGCCAGACAGGCCAGGCUGCCAUUCCCAGUGCCGAGGGCUACGCGGGAGCACCAGGCUACCCCAAGUCACCGCCUGUAGCACCUCCAGGGGCCCCGGUGCCUGCCCUGGUGUCUUUCUCAGCUGGACUUACCCAGAAGCCUUUCUCCAGUGACGGGGGUGUCGUGCUCUUUAACAAGGUGCUGGUGAACGAUGGGGACGUUUACAACCCCAACACGGGGAUCUUCACUGCUCCCUACGACGGGCGCUACCUGAUCACGGCCACCCUCACCCCUGAGAGGGACACCUAUGUAGAAGCGGUCCUGUCUGUUUCCAAUGCCAGCGUGGCCCAGCUGCACACUGCGGGGUACAGGAGGGAGUUCCUGGAGUACCACCACCCCCCUGGGGCUGUGCACACUUGUGGGGGCCCAGGCGCAUUCCACCUCAUUGUGCACUUGAAGGCAGGAGACGGAGUCAACGUCGUGGUGACUGGGGGCAGGUUGGCUCACACAGACUUUGACGAAAUGUAUUCCACCUUUAGUGGGGUUUUCUUAUAUCCUUUCCUUGCCCGCCUCUAGGAGGGAUGGGAAGAAGGGAGGGAGGGUUGUAAAAACUCCAAAGCCUUAAUAUAUUCAACUGAUGUAUGUAAAUGGAGCACCGGUCUAGUUUUCUGCAUCCGCCACUCCACCUCCCCCAGGAUGAAGGCCUUACCUCACUGUGAGGCCACUCCCCAUGGUCAUGUGAUUAACGUGGCCACUCUGAACUGGACAACUGAAAGACUUGGGAAGCCCUCUUGCUGAAACCUGUAGGCCUGCUCUGCUCCUCCCUGGCAUCUUCCCAGCCUUCUGCUCUGCAUGAGGUCCUGGGCUGGGCCUACCUGGUGCUACCCGUGGAGUCUCACUGCUUCGCCAUAGGACUGCGUCUUGCUGCUGAUGGAGUAAGAGCAGGUGCGAUGCCCAUCACUCAUAGCUGGUUUUCACUGGAAAACAACACUGUAGCCAACUGCCUCUGUACACUGCAUGCAGGAGAAAGUUUAAACACUGAAGUGCUGUUGUGGCCCAUGCCACUGCCCCAGGACCCUGAGUUUUCAACUCGGGCCAUUCUGUGCCUGACUCACCACUGUUGCCUGGGACUCAUCCCUGAUGUGAAGGGUGAUAUACCAGAGACUGUUUGGGCUCCUUAUAUGACGUGCUACUUAAGUGCAAAGACAGGGAGUAUCAAUAAAGACAAACCACUUUAAGUUAU